CCGCCACCGCCACCGCUGACUGGGAGACGGACUAGCAUGCUCCUCCUCCCGACGAUCGUGGCCGCAGCCUUGUCGCCGGGCGUUCCCGGCGCGCGCCGCGGCGCCGUCCAUAGCGCCGUGUCACGCCUCGCCAUGCAGCAGCAGACCUCGUCGCCGAAGGGCGUCGUGAUCACCGGCGGCGCUGGCGGCGUCGGCUACGCCUACGCGGACGAGUUCCUGGCGCGCGGGCACUGGGUGGUGAUCUGCGACGUCAAGGACCCGGAGCCGGCCGUGAUGGCGCUGCGGCAGAAGCACGGCGGCGGCCUCGGCCGCAUCUACGGCUGCACCACCGACGUCUCGUCUGCCGAGUCUGUGGGCGCUCUCGCGCAGUUCGCAAAGGAGCAGAUCGGGACGGUACACUACUGGAUCAACAACGCGGGCAUCAACGGCGGUCGCCGUCCCUUCACCUCCCUCUCCACCCAGACCGUCGAGGCAGUCGUCAAGGUCAACCUGAUCGGUGUGCUCCUCUGCACCCUCGAGGCCAUCAAGCUCAUGCGAACGCAGCGCGGCGUCGAGUCGCACGUGUUCAACACCGUCGGCUCCGGCGUCAAGGGCGGCGGCACUCCUGGCUACGCCUGCUACGGCGCGACGAAGCGCGGGCUGCCGCAGCUGACCGACUCUCUCGUCAAGGAGCUCGAAGACGGGGUGGAGGGGUACGAGCCCGACGAGGCGGCGCGCGGCGCAAAGGUGAACGUGCACACGCUCUCGCCGGGGAUGGUCUUCACGGACUUGCUGCUCAACGACUCGACGCCCAAGCUGCGCAAGUUCCCGUUCGGCGUGCUCGCUGCCCAGCCCCCCGAGGUGGCGCAGGACCUGGUGCCAAAGAUACUCGCGACGAGCGGCAACGGCCAAAAGGUCGAGUUCCUCACCACGGACCGCAUCCUGACCAAGUUUUUCGAGCGGUUCGUGCAGGGCAAAAAGUCCGAGUACAUUGAUGACAACGGCAAUGUCAUCAAGGUACCGGGCGCCCAGUACCUCGACAACGGCGUGCGCGUCCAGUAUUAGCGGAGGUAGGAGCUAGGAGUUGCGCGAGAAAGCGCAGAUCAGAGCUGGACACCUGUGUACGGUGCACGGAGCUUCAGCCCCUGUAGCGACCUAGCGAAUCGCGGCGUGUCGCUGUGUAGAUGCGCAGUGACCUGCUCGCGAGUGAUUUUCCGUUCGAGGAAAACUCGCGCGCUCAAA